CACUAAUACAAAUAUUGACUCGGAGCAAUCACGAUGUCGUAUUAGCCACCCGAGGUCGAAGAACGAAACGAGGGAUACCCAGGGACGACCUCACAUUCCACACCCUCGUGCUCAGUAUAUUCAACCAGUUUUAUACUUGGGAAAAGGACAACUUGUCCCCUCUCGGACUACGAAAAGUGUCUGGCUUUCGACAUCGUAGAUUGCUUUCCAAUGAGCAAAGCCUUGUUCUGCCACGAGAUUACUUUUCGCUUUUUACCUUCAACUUAUUAUCCUAGCACCUUCCACCGCAGCCUGACGAGUUCAGUCAGCAUGAAAAGCUAUCGGGAUGCAAUUGUUUGUCUCAACUCGCUUCAGACACCGUUUGAAGUGCUCGAGGAAAGACGAAGGAUAGGCAAGAAAAUGGAUGCCUCAGCUUUGACUGAAAUGCAAUCAUGGGUUGAAAGAUCCGGCCUCAAGAUUCCAGAUUUGGACAAGCUUAACAUUAUACAUGUUGCUGGAACUAAAGGCAAAGGAACGACCUGUGCUUUUAUGGACUCCAUCCUCAAUCAACAUCGCCGGGAACAUUCCGUACCAAAGAAAAUCGGACUGUACACUUCUCCGCAUCUCAUAUCCGUCAGAGAUCGCAUACGAAUCAAUUCAGAACCGAUCAGAGAAGACUUGUUUGCGCGCUACAUUUUCGAAGUCUGGGGCGCACUUGAAGCAUCUGCCGCCCAGGAAGGUCGAGAUCCCCGAGUGAAGCCGGUAUAUUUCAGAUUUCUUACUCUCAUGUCUUGGCACGUAUUUCUCAAAGAAGGUGUUGAUGCUGCUAUCUACGAAGUGGGAGUUGGAGGCGCCUGGGACUCAACUAACGUCGUCGAGAAGCCUGUCGUUACUGGAAUUACAACCCUCGGCAUCGACCAUGUUGCUGUUCUUGGGGACACUUUGGCUAAGAUUUCGUGGCACAAAGCCGGCAUUUUCAAAAAGGGUGUUCCUGCUUUCUCCGUUUCCCAAGCUCAGGAAGCUGUCGAUGUCCUCGAAGAGCGUGCAGCUGAAAUUGGUGUCAACCUGCACUUUAUUGAUGUGGAUCCUUUCAUUUCCAAAGUUGAAGUCACGCCAAAUGCUGAAUAUCAACGCGGGAAUAUCUCCUUGGCGAUUGCGCUUGUUGUUGAGGCUGGGAAAAAGCUAGGACUGCCCGGUUUGCAUCCAGAUAAAUGCCCAGAGGUGUUCAAAGACGGAAUCGAAAACACAGUCUGGCGUGGGAGAUGCGAGACAAAAUUCGAUGGCCGACGAAAGUGGCAUCUCGAUGGAGCACACACAGUGGAUAGCCUCAAAGUUGCUGCGCAAUGGUUUGCUCGGCAAUCCAAAGAAGGCACCUUCCGCAUUCUUCUCUUCAAUCAACAAUCGAGACCCGAAGCGGAUGACCUUCUGAGAAGGCUACAGCAUGAGCUGAUCAAUGACUGUGGCCUUCGCUUCGAUCAUGUGAUUUUUUCAACGAACGUCACGAGAAAGAGCACGGGUUAUCGAAUCGAAUUCGAAAAUCGCAAUACGAGCACCCAAGCGGUCAAGGAGCUGGCAGUUCAAAAACGCUUUGCGGAGGUCUGGGCCGAAUCAGAUCAAAUGCCAACUAUUCAUACUUUACCGACCAUUCAGGAUGCCAUCGAAUUGAUUGAGGAGCUCAGCGAAGAACAAGAGGCGACCGAUGUCUUCGUCACAGGAAGUAUUCAUCUUGUUGGCGGGAUUCUUGCACUUCUCGAAGGCGCUGCUAGCCCUGCCACCUCUUAGGUUUACCGGUCAAGGCUUUCAGCUUUGCUUACGGAGUUAUACGGGUUUCAGUCAAUGACUGUUACGAUAUAGGGGUAUUAAAGUGGGUGGACGGCUAAAGAAUUCAUACCUCGAGCACAGAUAUUUCUAGUAGCCGCUCAUCUUGAACAGCCUCUGCCGAGCAAGGCAUACACACGUCAGUGUCUCACGAGGUGACUUCCGGCAGAGUCAAUAGGCUUCAUUUCCUGUCUGAGCUAUACGAACAGUCUAUGAACCACAGGUAAAUCGGGCAGGUAGAGGAG